CGGUGAAGAGAAAUUGUAAUUUGCAGCGCCACGAGUGGAGGAGAAACAAGCUUCUAUUUUGGAGAUUAGCCAGAGCAGGAGAUUCCAAGCUGCGUAGUGAAAUUCGGAGAAAACGUGACCUUCUUGCUCUUGAGCUCAUUGAAGCAAUGGCAGCUGCACGGAAUUUAUUUACUUUUUUGCGCCAUUCUCCUCUCUUGAACAAAACUCAGUCCAAUAUUUUAACAAAAAAUGUCAGAAGUAUCUUUUGGUCUCCCGUACAUAAUCUGGAGGAUGCGAGAAAAACCGACAAGCGCGUGAAAUGCACUUUAAUCCCAGGCGACGGCGUUGGUCCCGAACUUUGCCAGUCAGUCAAGGAUGUUUUUCAGGCUAUUAGUGUUCCCGUAGAAUUCGAAGAGUUGUUCUUGAGCGAGGUUCACCAAUCUAUGAGCGUUUCUGUCGAAGAGGUGAUGCAAUCUGUUAAAAAAAACGGAGUAGCCCUGAAAGGUACCUUGCAGUCUCCAUUCAGCACCCACACCGGUGAAUUGCAAACGCUCAACAUGAAGAUCAGAAAGGACUUGGAUUUAUUCGCCAAUGUCGUCCACGUUCGAACUUUUCCCGGAGUAAAAACUCGGCACAGUAACCUGGACUUUGUGAUUAUUCGGGAGCAGACGGAAGGGGAGUACAGCGCUCUGGAGCAUGAAAGUGUUCCUGGAGUUAUCGAGUGCCUCAAAAUCGUCACCCAAGAGCGGUCUGCAAAAAUCGCCAAGUUUGCUUUCGACUACGCCACCAAGAGGGGUCGCAAGAAGGUGACAGCCGUCCACAAAGCGAACAUCAUGAAGCUGGGAGACGGUCUCUUCCUCCGAUGCUGCGAGGAGGUCUCCAAGCUCUAUCCCCAAAUCGAAUUCUCCAACAUGAUCAUCGACAACACCUGCAUGCAGCUCGUGGCCCACCCCGAGCAGUUCGACGUGAUGGUCAUGCCCAAUCUUUACGGGAACAUCAUAGACAACCUGGCCGCGGGCAUCGUGGGGGGAGCCGGACUGGUGCCCGGUGCGAGUUACAGUUCCGAGUGCGUCAUACACGAGCCGGGUGCUCGUCACACGUUCGGAGAAGCGGUGGGCAAGAACAUUGCCAACCCAACGGCCAUGCUGUUCUGUGCCGUGGGAAUGCUGCGUCACGUCAACCUCGUAUAUUAUGCAAACAUCGUAGCGGAGGCUGUCGAGAACGUAUUGAAGGAAGGUAAAGUGAGAACGAGAGAUUUGGGAGGAUACUCUAGCACAACAGAUUUUACUCAGGCAGUGAUUGAACAUCUGCCGCAUUAACAUCAUCUUCUAUAGAUAGUGAAUGUAGGAGGCUUUUUUGUGAUAUAUCAAAUACUCCUUCUAGAAGAACUUUAUUGUGAAUAGUUUAGAAUGACUAAAAAGUAUUGUAUCAUCUGGUUUUCAUGCCAAAGGGUAUUUGUGAUUAUAAUUUUCCUUUCCCAUUUUUACAAAGUUUAUUAUAAAGUCUAUGUAUGAGAAA